AUGAAAAGAAAUAAAUUUCAUAAACUUUACUCCAUGAUGUCAACAUCCGCUAAGAAGCUAAGUCCAUUAGAGUGGAAAGAAUCUUUGGAUAUUCUGCGGGGUUUUCCUUAUCCUUAUUCUUCUCCUUUUGAAUUUUUCAUUAAGAAAACUUUGCAGUGCAUUUGGUUGAAAAAGCUGGUAUCAGUAUGUGCAUCUAAGAAUCUGAAUGAAAUGAAUUUGAACGAGUGUAGGAAAAGUUUGUUCAUGAAAAAGCUUUUAGGUGGAAGCUUGAGUUUGACUAAAGUUACUUAUGAGUCAGUUGACGGGGCAGUUUUAGGAAAUCAAACAUGUGUCGAGCAAUUUCAUUGUAUUAUAUUUCCACGAAUCGUUAUCAACUUGCACUGUUUUUUAUUAGAAUUGAAACAGUGUUGUCUUUCCUUUCUGCCUUCCAUCAGUGAUGGAGAAAAAGGUUCGAUUUUUCUUACGACGAUAUCAACAACGUCUAAAAAAGAAAAGUAA